CCUUGCUCAUUUCACAGCCAGGGCACCCAGGUUGAAGAAGGGAGCUGCGCACUAGGACACAGGCAGCCAAGAGGCAGCUUGGUCUCAGAUGAUCUGAGAAAAUUAAUGAUUACCCUGGGGUCAAGUGCAUCACUUGCCAAAGGGAAAGGCUUCCUUCUAACUGGCCCAGUGAGCUCGUGAAGGAGGAGUUGAGGCAGUCAUGGAGCGCUGAAGUCUGGCAGUUCUGUCCCUGGGCAGGUGAAUCGCCUGAUACCAAUGCUGGGACCCAAGCCCUGGGAUUGGCCUAAAAGAGGGCUGUGUACCCACUGGUUGGCCCUUGGCAUCCUGUCAAACUGCUGUGCAUCCAGACAUAAAAAUAACAGCCUGGAAAUAGUUCUGGGGCAGUCUGCUGGACUCAGUGUGGGAGAGAAAGCCACCAUGCAGAUGCUGACCAAGUGCUACCCCAAGAACUGCCUGCUGACUGUCAUGGACCGGUACUCGGCCGUGGUGCGCAACAUGGAGCAGGUGGUGAUGAUCCCCAGUCUUCUGCGGGACGUGCAACUGAGUGCGCAUGGCUGCCAGGUCCAGGCGGGGGCCCCCGAUCUCUACAACUGCUUCACCAUGCUCAAGGCCAUCCGUGUGGACGUGGACAAUGGGCUGCUGCCCCGGGAUGAGUGGCAGGCCAAGGUGGCAGCUGGCAAACCUGAUGAGGCUGAGAAUGAAGCUGCAGAGACAGAGGAGGCCGGGGAGGAGAGGGCCUCAGGGUAGCUGGACCUGGAAUCUCAGUUCUACUUGCACUUCUCCAGCCUUCCUCACAUCCUCACCCACCUGACCGUGAAAGCUGAGGAAGUGACGAGGAAACACCAGGAGAUAAUGGGACAGGCCAUGUAGGCCUGGACUCUAGACAAGCUUACUCUGCAUGAUAGAAAGCAGACUCUGUGAUGAGGACAUGAAACAGUUUGCUAGCCCUGAUUACAGGACCAGAAAGACUUGGACCUGCAGCUUGAAGUGAAGGCGGCUGCGAUGCCUGGGAUGCUUCUCCUCUUUCCUCUGAGAACCAAUUCGUGGACUCAUCACUGAGUCACCUUUAGGAUGCUUGUUGCUAUUCACAACUUCCUCACUCCUCUAACCAGCUGAGGGUGGUAGCCAGUAGUUCAAUAGGGACCAGAUGUCACCUGGUCAUUGUGGUACAGGAGAAAGAGAAGUUUUAGCAUCUGACUAACCAAAGUUCACAUCCCUCCUCUUGGCAGUCAUUCACUGUGAUCUUGGGCAAGUUAUUCAACCCAGUGGAGCCUAAAUUUCCUCAUCUAUAAAAUGGUCAUAGUAUUACCUACCUCAUAAAGUUAUGAAAAUUUAACAAGAGAAUGACUCAAAAGCAUCUGGCAUACGAGAGCUAUUAUUACAGGUGGAUUUCCUCCCCCCACCCUCACCACAUAUUUGUUCUAGCCCUCCCUUACUGUUCUCUAGAACUAGCAGAGUCC